UCAUAAACUACAAAUUGUAACAAAGGUUGCAAAUAUUCCUUUUUCAAAAAAUAAUAACCCUUGUACAGUGCAAAAGAGGAGAACGUUACCAGUCAUAUAACGCGAUUGGUCGAACCGUUGAUGCGUAGCAUCCGUUCUCGAUCGUGAUUGGCCGCAUCACUGGACCGGAACGGGUGGUCAACCGUGACGGGUAGGAGUGGGGGUUGAGGGGUAUAUAUACCCCUAAUUUUUCAGGAGCUGCUCAUUCGAGUCCCUGCGACAACAGCGACGACAUGGAGUUCUUCAGGUCUUUCCUUCGCGUCAUUGGACUGUUGGCACCUGCCAAGGUAGACUUCAUCUCUGAACUACCUCUGGAGGUAUCCCAACUGAUCCUUCGCAAGUUAGAUACCGAGUCUCUCUUGUGUGCUGCUCAAGUUUCGCGCAAGUGGCUGGACGUCUGCAGCUCUGACAAGAGCCUAAGACAGUCUGUGAGACGCCACAAGCGACGAAACAGGAAAAGAAUGCAAAAAGCUUUUCUAGGUAGAGGUGCUGCUGAACUACCAAAUGUGGACGUGGCGAGGAUGUUAUCCCAGAAGAAGAGGACACCCAGGCAAGUGCCUCGUGCUAGGAUAGAUGCCAACGUCCUGUUUGGAAGAACCCAGCAUCAUGAGCUUAGAAAGCUCAUGAAACAAGGUAGGGGGAGUAAGGUAGCUGUAAGAUCUAGAUGUAUGAGAAUGUAGUUAACUAAUUUUAUUGUGACGUAUUUGUUCGAGCAAGUAU